UUUAAGUCAGUGGCGUUGGUGAAUAACAGCAGCUGACCCCACUUUGUAAAUACACAAGUGAACUAAAUUAAUUUAAAACAUAAAAUAUGGGUGUAACGUAAAUAAUUUUGAUAAUGAACGAAUCGUGUUGUAAAAUUUUGGAUUUUUGUCCAAUUUUUAACGUAAGACAUCAAAUUCAUCCGAGAGAUGCAUCAGGACCGAAACAUAACGAAUUUGUUAGGAUUGAUCGGAAAAAAACGUUGAGGGUGAUUCAUGUGAAACCGGAAAGUGAAAAUUUACCGAGGGUGAGUUACGAACAUGAGAAGAAUAAAAGGAAAAGUAAUAAUCGACAUUCGAUUACCGAAGAAUACUGGUUUACACGCUGGAAUAAACCUUUAAAAGGGGGAAAUUGUAAUUGUUCUUUUAGAAGAUCUCAAAGAUACUCAAAAAAUUCGUUUAUUAAUAAAAGUUUUUCAUCAAAUGAUGUAAGAAUUUCAAAUUAUGAUCUUCCAGCAACAAAAAUUGUGGAUGUUGAGACUUUUGUGGAGAGAUUAAUCCAAGAUACUUACUUUGAAGCUUUACAAGAAUACUUGGUUAAGGUGAAAAACAUUGGAAUUGAUAACUUAGCAUUUCAAACGCUGGACGAACUUGAUGGGGUGAUGCUACGAAGGAAAUUUGACUCCCCUGCUGUGCUUGAAGUCGAAUGUAUUACUCAAAAUCAACAAGAAAAAGAAAAACACAAAAAAUGUGAUGUACAUAAAAGCAAUUUAAAAAAAAAACCUAUUGUGAUCUUAUUGCAUGGUAUUGGAAGCACUGCUGAUGUCUGGUGGAACAUCAUAAAUAAAUUACAAAAAGCAGGAUUUGAAAUAAUCGCCCCUGACAUGUUAGGACAUGGUUAUAGUGCAGCUCCCAAUCAAAUUGGAGCUUAUAAAUUCAAAAAUUUGUUGCGAUAUACUUUAGAAGUUUUUGACAAAUAUAUUUCUAAUGAAGGAAAAGCCAUUGUUAUUGGACAUUCAUUUGGAUCAAGUUUAGCAACAGCUUUAGCAAGAUAUCGAAUGCAACAAGUAGUGCAAUUAGUUUUAAUAAGCGGAGGUGGUCCCACACCUUUAGCUGCUCCAACUGAAGUUUCUGAUACAUAUUGGGAUUGUGCAAUGUUAAUAAAACCAUUCGUUUUCUGUGGCCUCAAAAGGAGCUUUUUCUAUUCGUCAAGAGGAAAGCAUUUUAAACCAUGCGAGAUAACUCACGGGAUACCCGCUUACGUUCUUAGUUACAUUGAAAAGGGACAAUGUUGGCCUGAAGGUGAUGGAGCGUUCCACCGGAGAAUUUUAAUUCCAACCUUAUUAGUCCAUGGUUUACAAGAUACCAAUGUUACAUUGGUUCAAGAAUGUGAAAUGGAAAGGACUAUUCCAAGAGCGUUUUUAGAGUUAAUACCAAAUGCUGGACAUAUGUCGAUGUUAGAAACUCCAGAGCAUUUGAGCCACAUGAUCAUAUGCUUCCUGGAUUGGUGGAGUCGUUGAAAUCAAAGACAAGAUUAAUGUUAUUAGAGAAAUCCGUCCAUCACUCAAUCAAAACAGAAUUAUAUGUAGAAUUACGCAUAUUUCCAAAAUGCAAUUAAAUGUUGAGUCAAAAAUUGAAACACCAAAUAUAAUGAAAUUUAGUAUACAGUAAUAUAAUUAGACAAAAUCAUUACUCUCUGUCUUAAGUAAUGGGUUUUGCAUAAAUACAAGUUGCAAUUAAUAUUGUAUCAACCCAAAACUGGUCACUUAAUUGUAGCACCUCGACUUCUUGAAGCAAAAUCAUGCAUUCUGCAUCUCAAACAUUGGUUUUUUUAAAGUAAAAAUUGGUCAAUCAGCCUCAAUUUGAUCACUAUCAUGGUUUCAUUUUUUUAAUCAAUGCCUCAAAUGUUAGUGCUGAAAUAUUUGAUGCGUUUUGGAAAUAAGCUAAAAUAUGGUGUUCAUUAAAAAGCUGGUAUUAAGGAAUAAACAAAUGUAGAAACCCUUCA